AUGGCUGGCGUUAUCAAGGACACUGUCACCAACAUUCUUGGAAAGUUUCAAGGCACAUCCGAGGAGACUCCUCGGGAGCCUUCGACUGAGGAGUUCCAAACACUUGUAGAGAAAUACAACAAGGCGGGACAAGGACAUGUUUUCGCCUUUGCUGAACAAUUAUCCACUGUCGAGAAGCCCUCAAUCCUCCCCCCGCCGCUACGGGCCCAGUGA